CAAGAAGUCAACCAUGUAUAUCAAUGCAACAGUAGUGUUCAUCAUCCAAUCAUGAUUGUAGACAGACAUCUUCUCCGCAUUCCUUCAACCCCGCCGUCCGUCUAACGAAGUAUGUUGUUAUAUGAGUUGACGACGACUACAACUGGCUACUUGUCUAAUUGACUAAUUGCCUACGGGGUACUUACCUACUUACCUGUCUACUUCUACUUCUACUUUUACACGAAUCACCACAAUAAGCCAAAAUGCCAGACCUCCCCCUCCGCAUCCUCACCUACAACAUCCGACACUACACCCCCGCCCCCUUCAAAGGCGAACUUCCCUGGAAAGACCGCGCCCAGCCCCUAAUCAACCAACUCCGCCAUAUCACACACGGCCACGCCGACGCCCUCGUCUGCCUCCAGGAAGUCUUCCACAACCAACUCGAGGACAUCGUCGCGGGGAUCAACGCCAACACCUCCGACCCAUGGAGCUACAUCGGCGUCGGCCGCGACGACGGCCACCAAGCGGGCGAGUACUCGCCCAUCUUCUAUCGCGCGUCGCAGUGGACGCCCCGGUUCACGAAGACGAUCUGGCUAUCUGAGACGCCGGGCGUGCCGUCUAAGGGAUGGGACGCGGACUCGAUCCGACUGGCGACGAUUGCGGUGCUGCAUCACCGCGCCUCGGGGCGGAAUGUCCUCGCCGUGAACACGCAUCUCGACGAUCAGGGUAGUCGUGCGCGGCUUGAAGGCGCGCGGCUCAUUCUCCGCACGGUGGGCACAUGCCGUGGAGGUGAAGGGGGCGUAUGCGCGGAGAGUAUCAGUGGGGUGUUUGUCGCUGGGGACAUGAACAGCGAGGAGCACCAGGAGGCGUACGUGGCGUUCACGACGGAGGGUCAGAAAGGCGAAUCGGAGCUGGUGGAUGCGGCCAAGAUGGUGUCGGUGGCGGAGCACCAUGGGAAUCGGAUUACUUGGACGGGGUUUGGAAGUGAGGUGGAAGAACCGGCGGUGUUGGACUAUGUGUUUCUGGGGCGAGGGUGGACGGUGGAAGGGUAUGCGGUGUUGGCGAAUGGGUUUGACGAUGGGGUGUUGAUAUCAGAUCAUCGGCCUGUGGUGGUGGAUGUUCAGCUGAAACUGUAGCUGGUUGACAGUGGAUGAUAUAGCUAUG